GAUUUAUGGUUGGAUAUUUUUUUGUAAUUUUUAGAAAUUUAGGUUAUCUCCUUUGUCUAGUUUGGGCACUGCAGGACUUGGGCAGUGCCCAUGGAUGCCAGCACGAGCGGAACCCCAACUAUACAACACCAUAGCAUACCUGAUCAGCCAAUAGCUCCUAUUGUUGCUCCUCCUGUAACCACAUUUCAACGACAAAUACGACACUGCUUUGGGGACUCAAAACCUGGGGAAUUCCCCUUGGCUGCCAAUCCUUCUAUUGUCCUUCAUGUCCUUACAGCUUGUAAUUUGGAUGCUCAGGAUCUUGCAAAACUAGAGGCAACAUGCUCCUUCUUUAGGCAGCCGGCAAACUUUGCCCCUGACCAUGAAUUGUCCAUAGCAGAGCUUGCUGCUCUUGACAUGUGUCAAGAGAGGGCUAUAUUUAAGCCAAUGACAGAAGAAGAGCGUCAAAAUUUGAAACAAAGAUGUGGGGGUUCAUGGAAGUUGGUACUCAGGUUUCUGCUGGCUGGAGAAACGUGUUUCAGGAGGGAGAAAUCUCAAGCAAUUGCAGGGCCCGGCCACAGUAUUGCUGUGACAUCAAAGGGAGUAGUUUAUUCUUUUGGCUCUAAUAGUUCAGGACAGCUAGGACAUGGCCACACUGAAGAGGACUGGCGGCCUCGGCCAAUCAGAUCACUGCAAGAAAUUCGUAUUAUCCAAGCAGCUGCUGGAGCUGGCAGAACAAUGCUGAUUAGUGAUGCUGGGAAAGUUUAUGCCUUUGGAAAGGACUCAUUUGGCGAAAUUGAAUAUGGGGUUCAGGGAUCUAAACUUGUUACGACUCCGCAGCUUGUUGAGUCUCUGAAAGAUAUAUUUGUUGUGCAAGCUGCAAUUGGAAAUUUCUUCACAGCUGUCCUGUCCAGGGAGGGCAGGGUUUAUACAUUCUCUUGGGGCAACGAUGGGAAGCUUGGUCACUCAACGGAGCCAAAUGAUGUUGAGCCCCAUCCUUUGCUGGGGCCAUUAGAGAACAUUCCCGUCGUACAAAUUGCGGCAGGAUACUGCUACCUUCUUUGUCUAGCUUGUGAACCUGACGGUCGCAUGUCGGUGUACUCUGUUGGCUGUGGCUUGGGAGGGAAGCUAGGACAUGGAUCAAGAACUGACGAGAAAUACCCUCGCCGUAUUGAACAAUUUCAGAAUUUGAACCUCCAGCCUAUGGUGGUUGCUGCUGGUGCUUGGCAUGCAGCUGUGGUAGGUCGGGAUGGACGGGUUUGUACAUGGGGUUGGGGGCGUUAUGGAUGCUUAGGUCAUGGAAAUGAGGAGUGUGAAUCAGUUCCGAAGGUGGUGGAAGCAUUAAGAAAUGUCAAAGCUGUUCAUGUUGCUACAGGGGAUUACACAACCUUUGUGGUAUCUGAUGAUGGUGAUGUAUUCUCCUUUGGAUGUGGUGAAUCUGCUAGUCUAGGACAUAGCAUUUUUGCUGAUGGACAGGGGAAUAGGCAUGCAAAUGUCUUGAGCCCAGAGCUAGUAACAUCACUGAAGCAGAUGAAUGAACGGGUGGUACAGAUCAGCCUUACCAACUCAAUAUACUGGAAUGCCCACACCUUCGCGCUCACAGAAUCGGGGAAACUUUAUGCAUUUGGUGCAGGAGACAAAGGACAGCUAGGUGUAGAGUUAGUUAACAAUCAGACUGAAAGGGGAAACCCUGAGCGAGUUGAUAUUGAUCUCAGUUAGCAAUUCAUAAGGCAUCCCCUUUCACCAUCUCUAAUCAAUCAGGUUAGACACAUUGCAUUUGGUGUUUAGGUUUCCUUGUCUAUUCUGUAAAUAGAGAAACAAACAUAAUAAUUGUGAAGAUUUAAAUUAGGUAGCAAAGGCCAACAUGGGUUGAUAUUUAAGAAAAAUGGUUAAAACACAGGCCUUCAAGUUGUUAAUAGUUGAAAUGAAAACAUCUGUUAAUGUUCAUUUAUCACUUGAUUAUUAUCGAAACUGCAUUCUUGAAUCCACUCAUAACUUAAAAGGUAUUGAGCUGUGUUAGUUUUUGGACCAGCAUCAGCCAAUCUGUAGUCAGAUGCCAGCCCAUCACUUAACAACUGGUGGCCCUACUUUCCAAGGUUGAUGACCACAUCAUGCCCUGUACUUCUGCCUAACCCUUCUGUUUCGUCCAUCUGAAUUUGAUGAUGGUGACCAGGUUGAAUCCAUGGGCA